AUGGCAAUCGAAAUGGUUGGAAGCCAAAGUGAUGAUGUUCACCAGGCACCUAUCGACAUCACCCCCGCCCCGAUGGAAGACUACACCUUUCCCGAGUUGCGCCUCAAGCGCACCAUGAAUGACCCAGAAAAGACCCCUCUACUCUUGGUCGCCUGUGGUUCCUUUUCACCAAUCACCUAUCUACACCUCCGCAUGUUCGAGAUGGCCGCCGAUCACGUCAGAUUCAGUACCGACUACGAACUCAUCGGAGGAUACCUUUCGCCCGUGUCGGACGCGUAUCGCAAAGCUGGUCUGGCCAGUGCAGAGCAUCGCGUCGCGAUGUGCCAACUGGCCGUCGAUCAAACCUCCGAUUGGUUGAUGGUGGAUACAUGGGAACCUAUUCAAAAAGCAUACCAGCCUACUGCUGUUGUGUUGGAUCACUUUGAUCAUGAAAUCAAUGUGGUGCGGCAAGGCGUGGAGGCUGGAAAUGGAACUCGGAAGCCCGUUCGCAUUGCUCUUCUCGCGGGCGCAGAUCUGAUUCACACUAUGUCUACACCAGGUGUGUGGAGUGAGAAGGAUCUGGAUCACAUUUUGGGCAAAUAUGGCUCCUUCAUUGUUGAGCGCAGCGGCACAGAUAUCGAUGAAGCUCUUGCUAGUUUGCAGCCCUGGAAAGAUAACAUCCAUGUUAUCCAGCAGCUCAUUCAAAAUGAUGUUAGCAGCACAAAGAUUCGGCUUUUCCUAAGGCGCGAGAUGAGUGUACGCUACCUCAUCCCCGUUCCAGUCAUUCAUUACAUUGAGCAGCACCAUUUGUAUGAGGAUGAUGGCACGACAGUAGAGAAGGGUAAGGAGCGGCAGGGAUGA